AUGUUUUUGUUGAAUCUUUCCAUUUUUUUCUCCUUCCUUUUUUUCUUUUCCCUUUUCUUUUUCUUUUCCCUUUUCUUUUUUUUCUGUCGGUCACUUUUUUCCUAUUCUUUCUGUUUCUCUUCUUUUUUUCAUCACUAUCCUCUUCCCACUUCGUCUCUUGCUACCCUUCUUUCUUCUCUCAUCUCUUUCGUUCCUUCUUUUCCUUCCGCUUUAUUUUUCCCCCUCUUGUUUUCUUUCUUUCUCUCUUUCUUCCGUUACUCCCACUUUUCUCCGCGUUUUCUCAUCUAUAUUUCUUUCUUUUGCUGCUCUCCUCUUCUUUUCAUUGUUGCCUUCUUCCUGUUAUGUUUUUCUUGCACCUUUUCAUUUUUUCUCUCUUCCCUUUCUUUUUUCUUUUCCUUUUUCUUUUCCUUUUUUUCUGUCAGUCUCUCUUUUUUUCCUUUUCUUUUAUUCAUACUUCUGUUAUUCCUCUUCUAUAUUUCUUUUUUAGCACUAUCCGCUUCUCUCUUCCUACCCCUCUUUCUCUCCGCUCUACUUUUCCCCUCUUGUUUUCUUUCUCUCUUUCUUCUGUUACUCCCACUUUCCUCCACGUUUUUUCAUCCAUAUUUCUUUCUUUUGCCGCUUUCUCCUUCUCUCCUCCUGUCACGCUACUCUUUUCCUCUCUACUCUCACUCAAUUCCCUUCCCUUCUUUCUCUCGUCUUUAUUCUCCUUCUCUUUUACUUUUUCUAUUUGUCCCUCUUUUCUCUUUCCUUCUCUCUCUUCACCAUUUUCUCCUUUUCGUUUUAUCACCUCUUUCCUGCAAUUAUCUUUUGUCUUCUCUAAUUGUAUCUACUUCCGCCUCACAAAUGAUCUCUUCCUCACGCUGA